GGGAGUGAGGAGGACCUAAGAGCAAAGGAAUUUCCCUGAUAAUAGUUUGCCUGCCCGAGUUUUGGGGGGGUACAAUGCCCAUGCCAAAGUCACCUAAUGCCCAUUGCCUAGCCCUUAGGAUCUUCUGCCUUAGAAUCAACAUACAGAAUUGAUUCUAGGACAGAAGGUAAAAGUUUAAAAAAAAAAAUUCCUUGCUUAGGUAUUGGAAGGGUAGGAGAAUGGGGGUGAGAGAACAAGAGGCUCUGGAUCCUCAGAACUUCUCUCCUACUCCCGUGAGAUUACUGGGUCCCUUCCAGAAGAUAAAUAAUAAAUGAACAAUUAAUAAAUAAGUGAUAACCUGAUCUGGCAGCUUCUGUCCCUCCUGCCCCUCCCAGUCCAGACUGGCAGCGGGAUAAACAAGUCCUAGGUUGAAUCCAAGCUUCAGUGCGACCUCAGGCAAAUCCCUUUCUGUCCCUGAGCCUCAGUUUCCUCAACUGAAAAAAAGAAGCCUGUUGGACCACAGGCUCUCUGAAGGUUCCUUUCAUCUCCAGACGCCAGGACUCCGGAGAAGGGUCAGAGGGGGGAGCAGAGAAGUUGCCUGCAUCAACCAGACCCAGAGCUUUCCUCCUGGUCCCGGAGGAUGCAGGUCUUGCACUUUCCACUCCGGCACAGAGUACUUUGCAGACAGUCCCUGAGACCGGAAGCUCCACCUUCGCCCCUUCCUACCCGCCUGCUGGAUGACGUCACUGAGGAGGCGGGGCCUCGGCACGCAGGUUGCCGCGUCCUCUCUUCACCAAUGCUGAGCGCCGCGUCUCGCGCCGUGGCUCGCGCAGCCGCCCGCUCUGCCCGAGCCGCCCGCGGAGCCGCCAGCUCCCGCAGCCGUAGCGUCCGCGCCACCGUCGUCACUACCGCCGUGAUGUCCCGAGCGGUCCGCGCCUCCUCGGCGGCCCGGACCCUGCCGGCUUCCGUGCUGGGCACGAUGGAGAUGGGCCGGCGCAUGGACGGGUCAACGAGCGCGGCCGUCGUGCAAGCCUUCCUGGAGCGCGGCCACCGCGAGCUGGACACGGCCUUUAUGUACAGCGACGGCCAGUCCGAGAGCAUCGUGGGCAGCUUGGGCCUGGGCCUGGGAGACGGCGGCAGCAGAGCAAAAAUCGCCACCAAGGCCAAUCCCUGGGAUGGGAAGUCACUGAGGGCUGAGAGUGUCCGGUCUCAGCUGGAGACCUCGCUGGAGCGGCUGCAGUGUUCUCGAGUGGAUCUUUUCUACCUCCAUGCACCCGACCAUGGUACGCCCGUGGAGGAGACCCUGAGCGCCUGCAAUGACCUGUACCAGGAGGGUAAGUUUGUAGAGCUCGGUCUCUCUAACUACGCCUCCUGGGAAGUCGCUGAAAUCUGCACCCUCUGCAAGAGCAAGGGCUGGGUGCUCCCCACUGUGUACCAGGGCAUGUACAACGCCACCACCAGACAAGUGGAGACAGAGCUGUUCCCUUGCCUGCAUCACUUUGGAUUGAGGUUCUAUGCCUACAACCCUUUGGCUGGUGGGCUCCUGACUGGCAAGUACAAGUAUGAAGACAAGGACAAAUCCCAGCCUCUGGGCCGCUUCUUUGGAAAUAGCUGGUCCGAGACCUACAGGAAUCGGUUCUGGAAGGAGCAUCACUUUCAGGCCAUUGCUCUUGUGGAGAAAGCCCUGGCGGCCUCGUACGGGGCCAGCCCUCCCAGCAUGACGUCGGCAGCCCUGCGAUGGAUGUACCACCACUCGGGGCUGCAGGGUGCCCGGGGAGACGCCGUCAUCCUGGGCAUGUCCAGCCUGGAGCAGCUGCAGCAGAACCUGGCAGCGUCUGAGGAGGGCCCCCUGGAGCCCGAGGUGGUGAGGGCCUUUGACCAGGCCUGGCACCUCGUGGCCCACGAAUGUCCCAACUACUUCCGCUAGGUCGAGCCCCAGGGCUGGGGGAGAGAGGCCCCCCUCACUGACCCUGGCUGUCCCCGAGCCCCACCAGCCAGCCUGUGCCUUCAUCUACAUCCGCCUGAGCUCUGCCUUUCACACCGUCCCAUUCUGAGUCCUGGUUUUUCUGGCCUCCUGCCCUGUGGUUGUCUCUGGUAGCAAGAACAAGGGCCGAGGCUGCUCUGUCCUGUCCUCUUGGAAUAAAUAAAAGCAGGUGUUGAACCAGA